AUGGUGUCUCGUCUCCCCCUCGAAAUCAUCCACGAAAUCAUUCGCUACAUCGACGAUCGGCGAACUCUCGCUUCCCUCCUCCUUGUCUCACGCACCGUCCACCCGCAAGCAGAGCUUCGUUUCUACGCAAAGGCCAGCUUCCUCAACCACGGAGGCGAAUCCCUGCUGCGGCGCCUGAAGACCUUCUGCGAGCAGAUCUCCGCAUCCGACGGCAGACUCGCGCUCUGCCUCACCUCCUUCGCCGUGCAAGCCGCGCCCGGGCAAUGGACGCUCCCCGCAGACGUGUUCCUGCUGAUCAACUCGAUCCUGCAGCAGUGCCACAAGCUGACCGAGGUCGUCUUCGACUUCGGGAGCCGCAUGGGGACCGACUGGGGCAUGUUCGACGGCGCUCGGGAUAUGCGGCUGGCGCUGAGGCAUCUGAGCUACACCACCGGCACGUACUACGUGCGCCCCUUGAUUGCGCUGCUCGAAGCGCAGCCAUCGCUCGAGCGGCUCGAGCUCCCGAUGGUCCACGAACUCCCGUUGUCCGCCAAGGCACUCCCCGCCCUAUCCGCCCUCCACGCCUCCCAGCGCGUGGCAAGCCAGCUCCUCCCCGGACGCCCCGUCACGCACCUCAGGAUCACGAAGCUCUACGCGAUCGCCGAGGAGUUCGCCCGCGAGAGCCUCCGCAGAAUCCGCGUCUUCUCCUCCUCCGGGAAGUUCGAAACCAUCCUCGGCCUCGCCUCCCACAUGCCCGCGCUCCUCUGCCUCGACGUGGGCUCCGCAGACUCCUCGCCCCUGGACUCUACGCCGUUCAUCCCGCUGUUCAAAGACACGCAGCUACGGUACAUCCGCUUCAGCGGCACCUGCUUCGCCCACGACACCGGCUCGUCGUCCCACGUCGCGAUGCUCUGCUUCCGGCAGAUCCCCUCGCUGCGCUGCAUAGACUGCGAGGCACCACAGGGCAACUACAGCCGCUGGCACCGCGGCGCAAUAUGGUGGCCAAUCACCUUCCGCCCAACGUCCCUGGACUGGCGAUGCGUCGCAGAAGAGAGCAGAGAUGGCGAACACGAUAGCAGGGAUAUAUCCACCGGAGAUUCAGGUUGA